AUGGCUGUUUCCUACUGGUUAUGUCUUUUUUUCGUGGGAUUCUCAGUGAUGGCGUUUCAGAGUUAUUCUCAAGGAGUUUGUCCAAACAGCUGGAAUUACUUACAAGGUUCAUGCUACAAUUUUUUUUCCAAGGCAACGAGCUGGACUGCAGCAAAAUCCGCCUGUGAAGCACUCGGUGCCAAGCUUGUCGUGUUAAACUCAUUCACUGAAAACCGAGCAGUUGGCGAAAAAAUAACAGGAGGACGGGGAACAUAUAUUGGUUUGUACAGGAAUCCAAGAGACAAGUCUCGCUGGCUGUGGGUUGACCAAUCACGUUCAACUUAUACUCAUUGGAAUGGUGGAGAACCUAACANGUACAGGAAUCCAAGAGACAAGUCUCGCUGGCUGUGGGUUGACCAAUCACGUUCAACUUAUACUCAUUGGUAUGGUGGAGAACCUAACAAUGCUGGGGGAAGUGAGGAUUGCGUACACAUGCGUCCUAAGUCAUCCCGAUAUGAAUGGAAUGACUUACCUUGUAAUAACGUCUACAAUUUCCCUUACGUUUGCGAAACCACGGGUAAGUCAGGAAGCGUCAUGUUAGAUAUUGCGUAA